AUGGAGUCCUUCAACAGCACCGUCGCGACCUUCCUCAAUCCGCAGGGACCCGAUGCGCGUCCACUACCCCGCGUUUCCUUCGGAGCAGUGAACCGCGCGGGCACCUUCAAGUACCUGAAGACCUUCGGCAAUGACUCCCAGCCCGGCAGCAACGCCGACCCGUCAGAUGACGUCGACGCUCUGUGGACGAUUUCGUCCUCGACCAAGUUCAUCACCACCAUUGCGGCUCUGCAGUGCGUGGACAAGGGUCUGCUGACGCUGGACGGUGACAUCGGAGACGUCCUGCCGGAAUGGAAGAAUCCCAACAUUCUGACCGGCUUCACCGAGACUGACGAGCCCGUGUUUGUGCCCGCCAAGAACACUGUGACUCUGCGCGGCAUGGCGUAUGCCUUCGAGAGCGAGACCCUCCAAAAAUACCAGGAGCUGCGUGGCCCCCAGCCGCACCCAACCACGGUGAAAGAAGCAUACGAGCUCUUCCUCGUCGAGGAGCCCGGUACCAAAUGGAUGUACUCUCCCGGCAUGGACUGGGCGGGCCUGAUGGUGCGCAUACAUCGAGCGCGUGACCAACCUCUCCCUGGGCACCUACAUGCAACACCACAUCUUCACCCCCCUCUCCCUCCCCCCCUCCUCCAUCCUCUACCACCCCGACCGCCACCCCUCCCUCCCCCCCCCCGCACACCCGCCACCUUCCGCCGCGACCCCGCCAACCCCUCCCUCCUCGUCCCCAUCCCCGACCCGUCCGCCCCGACGACCGACGACUUCGGCGGCGGCGGCCUCGUCGCCACCGCCCCCGCCCUCCUCGCCAUCUACGCCGCGAUCCUGCACGACGCCGACGACGACGACGACGACAACAACAACAACGAACAACCCCCCCUCCUCCUCACCCGCGCCACCGCCGCCGAAAUCUUCACGCCCCAGCUCGACGCCGCCAGCCGCCGCGGCCUGCGCAGCAUCGAGACCGUCGACCCCGGCGCCCUGUGCGGCGUCCCGCGCGGGUCGCCCAUCCAGUACGGCCUCGGCGGGCUGCUGAACGUGGAAGACGUCGUGGUGCUGAUUCCUAGUGGCGAUGGGGGGCGGGGGCAGCGGCGGGGGCGGAAGGAGGGGAGCCUCGCGUGGAGCGGGAUGAGGAACUUUUACUUCUGGAUCGAUCGGCGGGCGGGCGUGGCGGGGCUGCAGGCGAUGCAUCAUUUGCCGUGUGGGGAUGAGAGGACGGUGGGACUGUUGGGGGCGUUUGAGGGGGCGGUUUAUGAGGCGGUUGAGGCGGUUGCGGGUGGUGCUGAGGGGGAAGGGGGAGGGGUGAGGUGA